AUAUCUUUCGUUUUGACCGCAUCUUUUCCAUGAGAUUUUACUGAGCGAUGAUAAGGUGAGUAUUGAGUUGAAUCCAGAGAAAAAAUAUGUUACACGCUGUUUGUGGCAGUAAUGUGGGUUAAUAAAUUCUGAAAGUGUUCUUUCCUUACAAACGAAUCUACUAAUGAUCGCGUCGUCUCUCUCCUAACUCGCACCUUCCUAGUUCAAUUUCUAAUAUGACUUUGUUUAUUUCUCUUCACACACCCCACCCAUUCAAUCCAGUCUCUCAUCAAAAAAAUUCCUCCCAACUCUCUCGAGAAGUCGCAGAGAUGCAUUUCUCACAUCUUCACCUCUCAAGUCUUCUCAUUCUCAUCCUCCACUUUGUAUACUACACAUACGCCGCCCUUCCGCCAAUACACUUUACUAUAACCCGACGCGGUGGCUCAUUUCCCGCUCCUGACACCGCAAAUCUUACAUUCCUUCAAUCCACACUUGUCGAUACGCAUGCCAGGUUUACGAAUUCUGAGAGAGUGUUGAGAGGAAAUAGGGUUGUUAGGGUUCCUAGACGAUGGCACGAUGCUCAAACUACUAACACAACAAAUUCCCUACGACGAUCUGGAACUUACAUUCAACCUGGGACUACUCUUCUCGGCGAAGUCGGUAAUUCCGGAUCUUGGUUUACGUCCUUAAAAAUUGGCGAGCCAUCGCAGAAUGUAGAUCUAGACCUUAAUAUGCUGACGGCUGAUUUUUCGGUGAUUAGUACACCUAGUGGUAAAGGAAGUUUUUAUCUCGAAGAGAGGAGUGGCACGUAUAGUGUUAGCAAUGAUAAUGAAGAGGGAAAGGGUAUGAAUUUUCCGGGAUGUAGGUGUGGAAAAGAUGUAGUGGGAUUACCGUUGGGGAUUGAUGUUUUUGAUGGUUGGAAGGGGGAGAGAUAUAUACCCGUGAGCUUCGCUCAUUGCAGACCACAGAAACAGUGGGUUGGUAGUUUGGGGAAGAGUGGUACCACUUUGGGAUUGGCUCUAGGGGCAGGUCUGGGGCAGGUUGGUGGCUGGAAAAGAGGAUUAUUGGAGCAGAUUGUCAAAAGUGGAGUUGUCGAUACAGAGGUCUGGAGUCUGAUGUUAAUUAAUGGACAUGAGGGAGUUUUCAGUGUUGGAGGAUCGUCGGUCAAGGCAGUUAGAGAGGUGGAAGGGAGGAUCGAACAGGAACUGAAGAAACUUGACGCGGGUGGCUUCCAACCUGGACACGGUGAAUUGACGAAGACUGAUGUGAGUGGACUGCAACCUGAAAACAAUGAAUUAAGAAAAUUUGAUGGGACGGGCCUACAAUCUGGACAUGAUGAAUUGAGAAGAAAUGUUGAACUGGGAUUGAUGAGGAGAGAUGAAAAUGGAUUUGGUAUUAGUGAAAAAUUGACAACGACGGAUGUGAGUAUUUUGGGCACUAAUGACCUGAAGCGAAGUGAUGAAAGUGCUUGGGAAUGGAGUAAAGUUCGAGGCGCGGACGGUUGGUGGGAAGUCCUAAUGAAAGGGAUCUGGGUUGAUGCAAAUAAAGUUUUACAGAAUCAGCCAAUCGUCUUGGAUGUAAGUUUAAAACUUCCCACUGUACCUUGUUCCCUCCUCUCCAUUAAUUCAUAUUCGUUAACUUUCACCCCAGGUUAAUACUCCCUACAUAGUCGGCCCACCACAUCUUGUCCGUAACCUCUACGCCUCAAUCUCAGGCUCGCGUCAACUUCCGCCACCAUAUGAUCAGUUCCAUGCCUACCCAUGUUUUAAUCCGCCUCACUUGUCACUCGAGUUUGGAAAUUUGAGGGUCAAGGUAUUGGAUGGCAAGAGAGACACAGGAAGCUUUUCGCCGGGAGGAAGGUUUAGUUUGGGGAGAAUGGAAAGAGGUAGUGGCUAUUGCGUAGGAAUUGUAGUAGAAGGGAGAUUUGGAGAUGGCGAUAGCCCGGAUGGAGAAGGAGGAGAUGAUGGGUUAGACGGGAAUGGAAUGGGAGAUAUGUGGAUUUUGGGAGAGCCAUUUUUCAGAGAUGUGCAGGUUGCUUUUGAUGUGAGCCUUUUGAGUAUUCUCAUAAUUCCCUCCUAGGUCAAAUACUAACAAUUCGGGUACAGUGGAAAGAGAAAAAAGUUGGCAUGCAACGACUUUGACUCUCCAUACAUAUUGAGAAUGAGGAUGCUAGUCCAGGAUUUUAAGCAAUUUCUUUUUCGAGUUCAACAUACUUAGAAAUCUUUUACUCCGUAUGGAAAUUGGAGAUUUACACUAUAUAAACUAUCAGUGGAAAUUUUGGAAGGUAUUUUUCCAGCAAGGAAGAGUUGGAGAGUAUCAUGAGUCACGGGGCUACACGUGAUAAUGCAACA